AUGGAAACGCCUUCCAUUGGAAGUGAAAUAGAAGAAGGUACACUUGCCAGUGAAGGGCGAGCUGCUCGUGAUGAUGGAAGUCGUACAAUUAUCUGGUGUGUACCUCGCUCUGUUUCUACGGCUCUCACAAAGUGUCUUAGUUUCAUUGAAGGUAUCCAAGUUUGGCUAGAACCCUACAGCUACUGCCGAACCACCCGAGUGAUUAUAAAGCAACAGCUAGACCUUGAUGUACCGGCCGAAUACGAAGGGAAUGAAGAGAUUUAUAAACGAAUGACUGAUCACUUUAGAGAGACUGGGCAGGGGAACACAACGAUACACGAAAACCUAUCUUAUGCAUCGAUCGGUCGUUUUUUGGAGCAUUCGGUAAGCCGUCAUGUCUUGGUGAAGGAUAUGGCCUUUGCUCUGUCCCCCGAACAGUACAAGUUCCUUCCAAAGGGCUUCAAGCAUAUCUUCUUAAUUCGACAUCCUCUUAGAGUGUUUAAUUCGCUUCAAAAAUCGGUAUUUGGCCAACUAUCAGCCUUGGGGAUGUUGAAAGGCGAAUCCGCAGUUGAGGAAACGUUCGACCUAGGACGCGACUACCCAUUCCCAAACGCAGGAGGUGGCUCAGUGCAUAAAGAUCUCUAUGACAUGUGGAAGUAUGUUAAAGAAAAUCUAGACGCCGAAUUCAUUGUUGUCGACAGCGACGAUCUGUUGGCGAAUCCAGCCGAAUUACUACCGAAGAUCUGCCGAGCGGCCGGGCUGCCAUACGACGAAUCGCUCUUGAAGUGGAAUGGGUCUUCCGAAGUGACGGAGAGUUGGAUGGUUCCUGCGGACGACAUCGUAAGUAAGCUGGUGUACUUCUACGACAGAGCUAUCAGGAGCAGCGAAUUUCUGCCGGCAAGCAAUAUGCCAUCACGUGACGACGUUCGACCUGACGUCAUUAGAUGUACCGAUCAGGCUAUGAAGUAUUAUGACGAAAUGUAUGAAGUCAGGAUCAAGUUCUAA